AUGGCAUCUAACGAAGUUUUAGUUUUAAGAGGUACCUUAGAAGGUCACAACGGUUGGGUCACUUCCUUGGCCACUUCUGCUGGUCAACCAAACUUAUUGUUGUCCGCUUCCCGUGAUAAAACUUUGAUUUCCUGGAAAUUGACUGGUGAUGACCAAAAAUUCGGUGUCCCAGUUAGAUCUUUCAAAGGUCACUCUCACAUUGUUCAAGACUGUACUUUGACUCAAGAUGGUGCUUACGCUUUAUCUGCUUCUUGGGAUAAGACUUUGAGAUUAUGGGAUGUUGCCACUGGUGAAACUUACCAAAGAUUCGUCGGUCACAAGUCUGAUGUUAUGUCUGUUGCCAUUGACAGAAAGGCUUCCAUGAUUAUCUCUGGUUCCCGUGAUAAGACCAUCAAGGUCUGGACUAUCAAGGGUCAAUGUUUGGCUACUUUGUUAGGUCACAACGACUGGGUCUCUCAAGUUAGAAUUGCUCCAACUGACCAAAACGAUGACACUGUCACCGUUAUUUCUGCCGGUAAUGACAAGAUGGUUAAGGCCUGGAACUUAAACCAAUUCCAAAUUGAAGCUGACUUUGUCGGUCACAACGGUAACGUUAACGCUGUUACUGCUUCCCCAGAUGGUUCUUUGAUUGCUUCCGCUGGUAAGGACGGUGAAAUCAUGUUAUGGAACUUGUUAGAAAAGACUGCUAUGUACACUUUGAGUGCUCAAGAUGAAGUCUUUGCUUUAGCUUUCUCUCCAAACAGAUACUGGUUGGCUGCUGCCACUGCUUCCGGUGUUAAGAUUUUCUCCUUAGACCCACAAUCUUUGAUUGAUGACUUGAGACCUGAAUUUGCUGGUUACAACAAGGCUGCUGAACCACAUGCUGUCUCUUUGACUUGGUCUGCUGAUGGUCAAACUUUAUUCGCUGGUUACACCGAUAACGUCAUCAGAGUUUGGCAAGUCAUGACCGCCAACUAA